UCGACUGUGACGACAAACAGCGCGCGCGCCACCGCCGCUCCGUUUUCCGCGCAUGCGAGAGGCCUGCCGCCGCCGACGUAGUACGGUUACCUGACCGACCGUACCUGUUUUUGCGGAAAGGAGGCCGGGUGGCAAGGGGCGCAACGGCCGCUCCUCGAAGUCAGCCCCGGCUGCUCACUUGGCUGGCGGUUUGCCGUGGCGUCCCCACCCACCGCCGCUGACGAGGCAGUGUCACAAAGGCCCCCGGCGCUGGAGGCGCUGACCGCGGAGGCAAAUCGCAGAUGACGACGCCCGUCGAAACGUCGUGCCGGUGAUUACCGCUACGAGCGGGUGGUGGUGCCGAGCGGCGACGCUUCACGCGCAACCAUGGAGACCGGCGUGUUCGUGACGGCGCUCGCGCUGUGCCUCGCGCUGCUGUGGGAGUCGGGCGGGACGAUCAAGUGCUGGGAGUGCAACUCUCACUUCGAUCCACGGUGCGCCGACCCGUUCGAUAACAGGUCGCUUCCAAUCGGCGAGUGCGCUGCCCGGUCUUUGCAGAGCUACCCGAAACUCAAGGCCUCCAUGUGCCGCAAGAUUCGACAGAAAGUGAACGGCAAUUGGCGGUUCAUCCGGAGCUGCGCCUUCCUGGGCGAGCCCGGCGAAGGCACCUACGACGAGAACUAUUGCCUCAUGCGGACUGGCACCUACGACGUAUUCGUGGAGACCUGCACCUGCAAAAGCAAGGACGGCUGCAACACAGCCUCGCAACAGAGCGGACCGCUUUUACUCUUGGCGCUCGGAGCAGCUGCGGCCACUGGGGUGGUGUUGGGCGCCCUCCGCAAUUGACCACUGCGCUCGGCGUACGCUAUGCCACUAUGCGCGUGGGCUACUCGGACUUGUGGUCUGCCUAAGGCUCACACGUGCGUGCACCUUCUGGGACAUUUUGCCAUGCUGACGCUGGUGGUACUAGUGGAGCUAAAGCUGACAGCAACGCCGCCUGGUGGUCACUUUUUGUCGCCGUUCCACCUGCUCCGGAUGCGAGGUCCUGACAUCGAGUUGUCGGCUGGUCAGCAAAAAGAAGACAUCGCUGUUUGCUGUUCGCUUCUUGCGCACGGAGCUUACUCUGUACUGUGGCGAUAGUGUUUGCUGCGAUUGGGACACAAGAGUGGUAAAGCCUGGGCCCGGAAGGUGACUCGAGUCACCUUUCGGACGCACGCCUCACCACUCAGCAGGAUCCUGCUGAAGGCGAGUCUAGUUCAGGCUGGUUGUGAAAUGCCCGUCCAACUUGCUUGUGGGAGAAUCCCUGGCAAGAGUGCGCAGGCAACAGCAGCGUACCCCGCCGAUCGUGUACUUAGCUCGUGCGAACGUUAGCGCGCAUACCACGGGGCACUUGGUUACGACGCUAAAGAGUCGGACGCCAAAAACGACAGACUCCUGUGGGAGCCAAGGUGGUCGAUAUGUAACAACGCCGUCCACUGAUCAUUAGCAGAUUAAAGGAGGAGGAGGAGGAGGAAAUAAAAAGAGAAGGCAGGGAUGUUAACCAGAAAUGCAUUAUCAGGUUAAAGAAGUAUGGAGCAGGAAGGGGUUCCACCCUGCAGCAACGUUUUCCAUUGCAGCUAGCUCUUUCGGGAGGUCACAGUACCGGAAACGUCGGUACUUUUGAGAAGGAUAGCACGGCGGUCGGCCAGUAUAGCCGUGUUCUGGAAUGACCACAACAUAUAGGCAGAGGUAGUGGCUUGCCCUUUAGGUCAAUAGGUAAAACCUGUCGACCAAAGUACGUUAAGGAUGACGGAUUAAAAAGAAAAAAGCCUAUAGAGGUUGCAGUUUGGUCUUACCGGGCGUACAAAUGUAUUUACCCCAUGCGAUGAGUUCCCGGACAAGCUGUGGGCUGCAGUUGCUCUGCAUACAACAUGUGCUCCACGACGGAGCAGCUAAAACGAGGAGGCUUAGAGGGGAUCUAGCUGAAAUAAAACAAUCUGGUCUAUAUAAAAAACAGUUUGCGAGGGUACUGUGAACAAAAAAAAAUAUUAGUAAAAGAAUCAGAGGAACCGAGGGGCUCCAUAUUUUAGUAGUAACCACAUGAAGCCAGCAUUUGGUUUCAUGUGGGACAGGAGUCCCACACGAAUUAAAUUCGUCGUAGACUUAGUAUUGCAAGCUGCUUUACUUGCAGAAGGAGUGGGGAGGGAGAAGUUAUUGUCGUGUCACCGUUUGUUCUGUGUUCUUCAGCAGAGCGCAGAACGCUGAAUUAAAUAUAGUACCGCAGGUUUCUGCCGCUACACGUCGCACGCCGUUGGGCGCGACUAUACAAGCACUUGCAUUCAUAUUUCCGGUGCGUUACCGUACGGCGUCGUUAUCCUUGAUAGACGCACAGAGGUGAUCCUUUGCGUCAAUCUCGCAACUCACUUGAUCUGCCUGCACUAUACACAGGAAACCUUGCAGUGCCUUAAGUAAUUGUGAUCGCCUUUAAGCCAACUGCAGUGACAUUGUUCGCAGCGGAUAACCAUCAUCGUUUCUCUUCGACACCACUGAGCCUCAGGCAUAUAACGUUCGCUCUUUUUCAGUGCGCGAGGUUGUCGCGUCUACAGGUGUCUCACAAGAAUCUCGUGCGUGGCGGCAUACCGGUAUAAACUGCCUUCCAUGAUCGAAUCUAUGGCUUGCCGUCGCUGUAAGUCGUGUGGUACCAGCACCAUUGAACUGCAAUGAGGUUUUGUUUCGUAUUUACUAAACGUGAACGAGCAACCUUCGCCAAAGUCAUUCGAUUCAAGAAAACCCGAAGGUGAACGGGUGAACUUGCUAAUGAGCUGAGUCGUAAAAUGCGCUAAAAAGUCAGUAUUUUUUUUAUCCCUCCGUCUUUCUCUCUUUGUACGCGACUUAUCGACCUGGUGAGGACACGCACGGCAUGGCGAAUUCGGCGCCAGUAACGUUUAUGAAGAAACGACACGGACGACAAUGGGACAAUUUUUUACUCCAAGUUACAAUGUCUAGAACCCCAAUCUUAUGCAUUCCGACUACUCGAUGUACUGCAUAACACAUUCUUUAAAGGUACGGUUUUCUUGUAUCUUCUCGGAAAAGAGCUAAACGUGCAAUAAGGUCAGGUUGUGGCUUGCCGGAAAGAUGGAGAAAAUGCGUGUCUUUGAGAAACUCUGAAUGUCACACCCUAUUUUAUUAUUUAUUACUUUUUCUCUUCUUUUUGGCGCACUAUAUACCUGUACCCGCGAAAAUAUUUUAUGUAAGCCGCUGGCGUCUGAGCGCUGUCUUGGAUAUAUUAUACGUAUCCUUUUUUUUUUUCACAAGACAGCCGCAAUCAUUAAAUAGAAGAUGACGUUCGUGAUAUCGAAUGAACAACGUUCAGCUCACGUUACCGUCUCUCGAGACUGCGCAUAUGUUUCCGCUCAGCGUUCACAAUCCUGAUGAACUCCGUGCGGAAGUUGUGAGCUGCCUGCAGUGGCAUACUUCGUACAAAGCGGUGCGCUGCACAAACGGAGCCCGAAAAGUAACGCGCAGAGCAGCGUGGAACUCGGGCAGGGACCAGAGUCGCGCGACUUUCAUGUUGAAGCGCGAUCAUUUUGUUAACUCGUUGUCUACUACCUUACACAACCGGCUUGUGCGGGUGAACAUUCCGUCCAUACUGUAACACCCCUGAAUAAUCCAAGUGCCACAAAUCACCGAGGUAACCAGAUCACUUCUUCUCAUGCUGUACUUCUUUAGUUACCGUGUUUUACUGAGAAUGGAGUGUGCGUAUACGUGGAUCGCGAAAGGGUCGUGUGAAUGCUCGUGCGAUUAACCAGUGCAUUUUUAGACGGAUCUUUUUUUUGUGUGUGUGUGUACAAACGAAAUAUAUGAAUAUUCAUGGCCUCCAUAUGCAAACAUGUUUCCUAUUCACCAUGUGAAUGCGUAGAGUGAAUGAAGGGUCGUACGCUGCGGGAAUUUUAUCCCAUUUUUGCCCUCUUAUAUCCUCCAUAUUUUUGUACCUCGUAUGCGGGUGCAGCGACGCGAGUUCGUUGCAUGAUCACGUGGGGUGCAACCACUUUGGCUCGGUGCUGAUGUUGAGAAAGAAAACCAAGGAAGAGACACUUCAUCGGCUGUCUCUCUCUCCUUCUAUAUUUACUUUCCUAUAUUGAAGUACAAUACAAGAAAGUGCCAGAGCCUCGCAUAGCUGACAGGAAGGUGGCCGAUUUGCAAAACUCUGGUUAUAUUUAUCGCAUGUUGGAGUAAUGCCUUUCAGUUACGCUCAGAUUUAUAGGAUUAUACAUAUACAGAAAAAAAAUUAAGUUAGGCUGUAUUAUAGGCGCUUUCGCUGCAUUUCUGAAAUGGCGAAUAGACCACGUUUAUUGAGAAAAAAAGGCAUUCGGGUUGGAAGGGGUGUGCGCUAUAGAAGAUGACGUAAAAGUGAGGGGGGCUUUGUGUCGACGCCACCUUCGCGUUCUCGCGAUGGCUUGCUGUGGCGUCACAGAUUACGAUCAACAACCAGCCGAGGCUGGUCAGUGACCUGUUGUUUAAAAAAGAAUUACGUUGCAACGCAAACGGAAGCUUUAACACGACUGUUCCGCCUUUCCUGCAGUAAGUGGACUCGCACCCGACGAAAUGCCACGAAAUAUGUGGCGUUGUACGACGUCGUCAGUAAUGCCGCUCUUUGACUAUGAGCCAAACUUUAUGAAUUCGGCCUUGCGAAUUGCUCCGCUAGUAAUUCUUCAUUCCCUCCCCCC